UUUUUUUUUGAACACAGAAUAUUUUUUUUACUUCAACUUUUUGACUGAAAGAUAGAAAAAAAUGAUAUGAUUCAACCUCAAACCUAUUUAAAUGUAGCCGAUAAUAGCGGAGCCCGCGAAUUGAUGUGUAUUCGAAUCAUAGGAGCUAGUAAUCGACGGUAUGCUUAUAUUGGUGACAUUGUUGUUGCUGUAAUCAAAAAAGCAGUACCAAAUUCAUCUUUAGAAAGAUCUGAAGUGAUCAGGGCUGUAAUUGUACGUACUUGUAAAGAACUAAAACGUAGUAAUGGUAUAAUAAUAAAGUAUGAUGAUAAUGCGGCGGUUCUCAUUGAUAAAGAAGGAAAUCCAAAAGGAACUCGAAUUUUUUCCGCAAUAGCCCGAGAAUUGAGACAGUUAAAUUUUGUGACUGUUACAGAUGUACGAGGUCGGGUGAUUUCUUGGUCCUCUGCCGGUUCGUGUGGAUUCAAGGGUACACGAAGGGGGACACCAUUUGCCGCUCAAACCGCAGCAGCAAAUGCUAUUCGAACAGUAGUAGAUCAAGGCAUGCAACGAGCCGUAGUCAUAAUAAAAGGUCCCGGUGACAGUUCUAUUACUAUUCCAUUAGUAUUUUAUAUUCUAUGAUAUUACUAUAUAAAUAGAUAAUAUAAUAAUAGAAAUAUAUAUUAGUAUUUAGUUAGUGAUCUCGGUUCAGUGAGUCCUUUCUUGCGUGAUGAACUGUUGGCACCAGUCUUCCAUUUCAUGGGUAGAGCCCAUAAGUGUGAACUGUACAAGUUCACAAUAACAUUGAUUGAAUGAGGAUUCAAUGAAAGAAGGGGCUCCGGUGUAUAGAGAGGACCUUACC